UUGUUAUGUAAUUCGAUACGGCAGAGAGAAUUUACAUGUACAGCGAGAGGAAGUAGGUAUGUUUCUACGUAUGUAUUUUUCUUUUUUCCUUUUAAAAAAUUUUCAGAAGACGUAAGUGCCUGUGACGUGUACCAAUAAUAACGCAUGGUACUGGAAUCGUCGUAUAUAUGCACCACACCAGACACUCCACCUUCAAAUCAGAAUUCAGCCAUCUUUCUUUUGUAUCAUUCUUCUCAAAACUCACCAUGGCUUCACAAGAUUCCCACCAACUUCACUUCAUCUUCAUUCCUUUCCCCGCCCAAGGCCACAUGAUUCCCAUGUUCGACAUUGCCCACUUGUUCGCAUGGCGUGGCGUGCUAGUUACCAUCAUCACCACAACCCUCAAUGCUGCUAGAUUCAAGAACAGAAUCGACCGUGCCAUUGAAUCCGGUCUCCGAAUCCGGCUUGCCGAAUUCCGCUUCCCGUGUCAGGAAGCUGGUUUGCCAGAUGGAAGCGAGAACUUGGAUGUCACCGCUCCCGAAUUGCUCACGAAUUUCAUCAACGCAGUCAAUUUGCUGCAGCAGCCAAUAGAACAGUAUCUUCAAGAACAGCAACCGUGCCCGAGCUGCAUUAUUUCAGACACUAACGUCAUAUGGACGUCCGAAACCGCUAGCAAGUUGGAGAUACCGAGGAUCUUUUUCCGUGGUAUGUGCUGCUUCUCUCUCUUGUGCUUGCACAACACACACCAUUACAAGUCUCACGAAAAUGUUGCCUCUGAGUCGGAACCAGUCGCUGUGCCAGGCUUGCCUCAUCGAAUUGAGAUACUGAAAUCCCAGCUGCCACAUUCGAACCUAAACAACCUUGAUUUUCAAAAGUUACACAAGAUCAGAUCCAUAGAUGCCGAUGCAAAAUCUUACGGCGUGGUGGUGAAUAGUUUUUCUGAAUUGGAGAAUGAAUACCUUGAGUACUACCAAAAGGCUAUGGGAAAGAAGGUAUGGACCGUCGGACCUGUAUCUCUCUGCAACAAGGAGAUGUCGGAUAAGGCCGCAAGAGGGAACAAAGCCUCUAUCAAUGAGCAUGAAUGCUUGAGUUGGCUAAAUUCAAGAAAGCCCAAUUCCGUUGUUUAUGUUUGUUUUGGAAGCCAAUGCCGCCAUUCUCCUUCGCAGUUGAUACAGAUUGGUUUGGGCUUGGAAGCUUCAAAUCAACCAUUUGUUUGGGUGAUUAGAGACGUUGUAGAACCGGCUAAGGUAGAGGAAUGGCUUUCUGAGGGAUUUGAGGAGAGGGUAAAGGAAAGGGGUCUUAUAAUCAGAGGAUGGGCCCCACAGAUACUGAUAUUAUCACACCCGGCAAUUGGAGGGUUCUUGACGCACUGCGGUUGGAAUUCAACAUUGGAGAGCAUCUGUGCGGGUGUUCCCGUCUUGGCAUGGCCUCUGUUUGGAGAGCAGUUCCUCAAUGAGAAGUAUCUUGUGCAAGUUCUGAGAAUUGGAGUCGAUCUCGGCGUCUUCCUGGGUGCCAAUAAAUUUGAACGAGACGAUAAUGCGGAUGUGUUGGUGAAGAUGGAAACUGUUAAGAAUGGUGUAGAGAGGUUGAUGGAUGAGGGAGAUGAAGGAGAAGAGAGGAGAAAGAGAGCAAGAGAGUUUGGGAAGAAGGCAAGUAGGGCUAUGGAAGAGGGCGGAUCUUCUUACAUCAACAUGACACUUCUGAUUGAAGAUAUCAUGGACCAGGCUAUCAAGAAGUAGCCCACUAAAGAUUCCUACUCGGAGAUAAAUGGCCUUUAGAGAGGUGGAAAUUGCAAGCGUGUGAGAGAU